UUGAAAACAAAGUUCUAGUAUUGAACUAUGUUCCUCUACCUGCUCUCCUACAGAUGAAUCAAGAGCUUGCUUUGUCCCUGAGCAUACACACACUGUUGUGUGUUUGCAUAAGAAGCCAACCAGAUUCACCCAGCCACCACCGAACCAUCCACAUGUUCCGGAAGGUGCCUGCUUCUCCGUGAUGUGCCCGUUCCUGGUGGGGCCACUGGAGUUGUCAGCGUGUGUGUACCCCAUCAUCCUGGACAGGCCCUUCAUAGAGGGGGGCAUGUGCACCGGGGCCCUGCGCUGGAGAUUCCUCAUGCAGUGUCUGGAAAACCUCCACCGUAGCCUCCAGGCCCUGGGCUCCAUACUGUAUGUGCUCCAGGGGCCCUACCAGGGGACAGUGAGGUGUCUGGUGGCCCAGUGGGGAGUCACCCAACUCAGCAUGGACACAGAGAUAGAGUCCCACACGACACCCAACUGGACCAGGACCUUCACAUCAUGGCCUGGGAACUGGGCCUCAACAUACACACCACUGUGGCACACAUGCUCUAUGAUGUCCAGGGCCGGAUUAAUGCAGAGGCUUACCGGGGCUGAAGCCCAAGAGGCAGCAAAAAAAAAAAGGGGAAAAAAAAUGUACAAAAAAAGCCAUACGUAUAUACAUUAUAUAUUAAAUAUGUAGUAUAUGUAUAUAUAUUUUUUUACUGAAACCGCCAACCACAGGAGGAGCCUCAAUGAGGGUAGAUUAGUAGAGCGACAGCAGACAAUCGUCAGAUGGGAUGGGAAGAGUUGAUAGGGCCCCCCAUCGUGGGCCCCCUGCCUUGAUUGGGUAACUGA